CGUAGUUAGGAAUUAUCUCGAGUUUCUCAGAGGCUGUGUUGGGCUCAGUCUUGCCACGACUAAGUAAUGAAUUGUCAAGAGAAGGUCUAUCAUGGAGGGAGUUCUCUAUAAAUGGACAAACUAUAUUAGCGGUUGGCAGCCUCGUUGGUUUGUUCUUGAGGGAGGCACUCUUUCCUACUAUGACUCUCAAGAAGAUGCAUGGAAAGGAUGCAAGGGCAGCAUCAAAAUAUCUGUGUGUGAAAUACAGGUUCACCCAUCGGAUUUCACAAGGGUUGAUCUGAUCAUUCCAGGAGAACAAUACUUUUAUCUCAGGGCAAUUAAUGCAGCAGAGAGGCAGAAAUGGCUUGUGGCGUUGGGGACUGUAAAAGCCUGCCUCACAGACAACCGAACCAAGAGAGAGAAAGAGCUCCAGGAAAACACAGACGCUCUGAAAACAAAAAUGUCUGAGCUAAGGCUUUACCGUGACCUUCUCCUUCAGCAAGUGAACAAAAUACAAGAAAGUUCUCAAGCGGAGAUGGCAGCCGAUUCGGGGGAGGUAGGGGAUGAGACUGGAAAUCUAGUGAAGUCCACUUGCACCACCUUCUUGAAGACCCUGGAGGAGUGUAUGCAGAUUGCUAGCCGGACCUUCAAUCCAGACCUUCUGAGUCGGACCCCUCCAGGCUCUCCUCCUGUGGCUACCAUCAAACCUCACAAGAUCAAACCUACUGAUCCAAGAAAUCAGCACCCAGGAGAAAAACAAAAGGACUUAAUAAACAUCUCAGGAACAUCAGCACAUGAGAGUGGACCAGAAAACGAACCACCUCCAUCUCCUCAAGAAAACAUGCCUACAUCUCCUACAAGAAGUGGUUUAAUGGAGGGCCAGAGGGAGCCCAUGGAGCCUCGUAAUGGCUCUUCAUCAAGCACACGGGACCCUGAAGAAUCUGUAGGAGAGGAGAAGGACAUACCGACAGAAGAAGCAGACCUUCCCCAAGAAAAACAAGAGGAAGUCUCACUGAGCCCCACACAAAACAAAGAAGAAAAGGUCACUGAAGAAAUCCAGGCUGACCUGGAAGUGAAUGAGCCUCAGUCUGAGAAUAAACAGGAAGAGGAAGAUAAGGUGGACACAUUCUUCAGUACCAUGAGCCACAGAUUUAGUGAUAUACUACUGGAGGACGACAGUGGUAUUCCCACACAAGCCUUUUUGGAUUCUUGCUAUGCUAUAGUACCAGUUUUAGACAAGCUUGGACCAACUGUCUUUGCUCCAGUUAAAAUAGAUUUUGUGGGAAACAUUAAGAAAAUCCAGCAGAAGGUGGUGUCUGAUCCUGAGAGUUUCCCCACCCUGCAGAGCAUUGUGCAGCAUGAGGUGGAGACGGAGGUGACACAGGUGCGGAACUCGGCCACAGAAGCGCUGCUGUGGCUUAAACGUGGACUCAAGUUCCUCAAAGAAUUCCUUUCUGAAAUCAAUACAGGGAUAAAGGAUGUCCAAGGAGCUCUUAAUAAUGCAUAUGGAAAGACACUACGGCAAUAUCAUGGAUGGGUUGUUCGAGGUGUCUUUGCACUGGCUCUACGGGCUGCCCCAUCCUAUGAGGGCUUCAUGGCUGCUCUGGUUUCUCAUGAAGGCGAUGAGCUGAAGGAAGGCUUUACGACCGGCAUGCAUCAAGACCUAGACUUCUACCUGCCAGCCAUGGAGAAGCAGCUGUCCAUCCUGGAUGCUCUCUAUGAGGAGUAUGGCUUGGAAUCAGAUGAGAUCGUGUGACUAACACAAAUACACCUGCACAGCAAACAGAGCUUGGUUCUGACGGAGCUCAUCGGUUUCAGUGGUGAAGUUAUAACUCUUUAACCCGCUGUGGUAACCGAGCCCGAAGUUAGUGUUGAAAACAGGGAGGUUUCUGUGAGGGCAGGGCUUGCAAAGCCUGACCAGUAAGAGUGUGUUGGAUAAUGUGGCAUAUGCAGACUCCAGUAACAGUCAUCCCUGUGAAAUUUAAACGGCCGCGUCAAAAUAAUGCUAGCUGAGGGGGGCAGGGUGUGAUUCCAAGUGUUUUCAGGGAACAGGUAUAUUUUUAGAAACCUUCAGUGGCGUGAUCAAGUGUUUUGUUGACAUUGGUUGUAUGUUUUUCAUACACUUUUAGGCAUGAGAGUACAACGGCAGAUAAGAUGAAGAUAUUGUUUACCUGGAAGUGAAGGUGUUUUUUGCAGUAUCCUUAUUUACAGUAAAACUGCACAUGUGCUUUUCUCCUCACUUGAAAUAUUGCAUUACUUUUGUUCAGAUACUCGCAUCUGUUCGUUUUAGACUAGCACAAAACUAAGAAGUUAUUCAGAGACUUUUGGGGAUUCAGAUAAACAUGCAGUGUGUUCAUAAAACCAAGUACUUAAGUUAAGUAUACAAAUACUGUGGUGGGCUAUUUUUUGCAAUGACAUAAUCUUAGUUUAAACACAUUCACAAUGGCUCAAUUUAUAACUUGUUGGAUCAACUUGGUGAGAGGGACCAAAGCAGAGUUGUUUCUUCAUGAUUUUUUGGAAAGAUUUCCUACUAUUGAGAACAUGUAGCUGUGGCUCUACAAAAGGAAAGAUGUCAUGAUAUUUCCUCGGUGACUUUAUUUAUUGACUUAUUUAUAUGAAUAUUAAUUCUAACUGUUGAUUCUUAUUGUAAGAAUCACACUAUGCUUAUUCUCAAAUCAUAUGAAUGAUA